GCCUGCCCCCCAAAAAAGAAACGAGAAGCCGGGGAGGGGGGCAAAGGAGCGGACCGUCCUCGCCACGCGCCGUAGGUCAAGGCGCCGCCACCUCCUCCCCGCGCCGAGAUGGCGGACCCAGCCGAAUGCAGCAUCAAAGUGAUGUGCCGGUUCCGGCCCCUCAACGAAGCCGAGAUCCUCCGCGGGGACAAAUUCAUCCCCAAAUUCAAAGGCGAGGAGACGGUCGUGGUCGGGCAAGGGAAACCCUAUGUCUUCGAUAGAGUGUUCCCUUCGAAUACAUCCCAAGAACAAGUCUAUAAUGCUUGUGCCAAGCAGAUUGUUAAAGAUGUUCUUGAGGGAUACAAUGGUACAAUUUUUGCUUAUGGUCAAACAUCUUCAGGAAAAACACAUACCAUGGAGGGGAAGCUACAUGACCCACAGCUAAUGGGUAUAAUUCCAAGAAUUGCACAUGACAUCUUCGAUCACAUCUAUUCCAUGGAUGAAAACCUAGAAUUUCACAUAAAGGUUUCCUACUUUGAGAUUUACUUGGACAAAAUAAGGGAUUUGCUGGAUGUUUCAAAGACAAACCUUGCAGUUCAUGAAGACAAGAACAGAGUUCCAUAUGUCAAGGGCUGCACAGAAAGGUUUGUCUCUAGUCCUGAAGAAGUUAUGGAUGUAAUUGAUGAGGGGAAAACAAACCGCCAUGUAGCUGUUACAAACAUGAAUGAACACAGUUCUAGAAGUCAUAGCAUCUUCCUAAUUAAUAUCAAACAAGAGAAUGUUGAAACCGAAAAAAAACUCAGUGGGAAGCUUUAUUUGGUAGACUUGGCUGGGAGUGAAAAGGUCAGCAAAACGGGUGCAGAGGGCUCUGUUCUUGAUGAAGCCAAAAAUAUUAACAAGUCUUUGUCUGCUUUGGGCAACGUGAUCUCAGCACUAGCAGAAGGAACUAAAACACAUGUCCCCUAUCGAGACAGCAAGAUGACCAGGAUUCUUCAGGACUCCUUAGGUGGAAACUGUAGAACCACCAUUGUCAUCUGUUGCUCCCCAUCCAUCUUCAAUGAAGCAGAAACCAAGUCUACUCUAAUGUUUGGGCAGAGAGCAAAGACCAUCAAGAAUACAGUCUCUGUGAAUCUUGAGCUGACUGCUGAAGAAUGGAAGAAAAAAUAUGAGAAGGAGAAGGAAAAAAACAAGACAUUGAAGAAUGUUAUCCAGCAUCUGGAGAUGGAACUAAACAGGUGGAGAAAUGGAGAGGCUGUUCCUGAGGAUGAACAGAUCAGUGCUAAGGACCAAAAGAAUUUGGAGCCAUGUGACAAUACACCCAUUAUUGAUAAUAUUGCACCUGUUGUUGCCAGUAUCACAACUGAGGAGAAGAGGAAAUACGAUGAAGAGAUUACUAGUCUCUACAGACAAUUGGAUGAUAAGGAUGAUGAAAUCAAUCAACAGAGUCAAUUGGCAGAGAAACUAAAGCAGCAGAUGUUGGAUCAAGAUGAGCUUUUGGCUUCCACUAGGAGAGAUUAUGAGAAGAUCCAAGAGGAACUCACUCGUCUCCAGAUUGAAAAUGAAGCUGCGAAAGAGGAAGUGAAAGAAGUUCUUCAGGCUCUGGAGGAACUGGCUGUUAAUUAUGACCAGAAGUCACAGGAAGUGGAGGACAAGCUGAGAGCUAAUGAACAGCUAGCUGACGAACUUGCACAGAAAACAUCUGCCCUAACAACUACACAGAGAGAGUUGGGACAGUUGCAAGAACUCAGUAACCAUCAGAAGAAGAGAGCUACUGAGAUCUUGAAUUUACUGCUUAAGGACCUUGGCGAGAUUGGAGGAAUCAUUGGUACUAAUGACGUUAAAACAUUAGCAGAUGUGAAUGGAGUGAUUGAGGAGGAGUUCACCAUGGCAAGGCUCUACAUCAGUAAGAUGAAGUCCGAGGUGAAAUCUCUGGUGAACCGUAGCAAGCAGCUGGAGAGUGCCCAGAUAGACUCCAACAGGAAGAUGAAUGCCAGCGAGAGGGAACUUGCCGCUUGUCAACUCCUUAUCUCUCAGCAUGAAGCAAAGAUAAAGUCUCUCACAGACUACAUGCAGAACAUGGAGCAUAAACGAAGGCAGCUAGAAGAGUCACAGGAUUCACUUAAUGAGGAGUUGGCCAAAUUGCGUGCUCAAGAAAAAAUGCAUGAAGUCAGUUUCAAAGAUAAAGAGAAGGAGCAUUUAACCUUGCUGCAGGAUGCAGAGGAAAUGAAGAAGACACUAGAGCAACAGAUGGAGAGUCACAGGGAAGCUCACCAGAAGCAGCUGUCCAGGCUGCGAGAUGAGAUUGAGGAGAAGCAGAAAACCAUUGACGAGAUCAGAGAUAUGAAUCAGAAGCUGCAGCUGGAACAAGAAAAACUGAGUUUGGACUAUGAAAGAUUGAAAGCAGAAGAUCAAGAACGGGAAAAGAAGCUGGAGAAGCUAAUACUGCUUAACGAUAAAAGGGAACAAGCAAGAGAAGAUCUUAAGGGACUGGAAGAAACUGUGGCUAGAGAGCUUCAGACCCUCCAUAACUUGCGCAGACUCUUUGUUCAAGACCUCACCACCAGAGUGAAAAAAAGUGUUGAACUAGACAGUGAUGAUGGAGGUGGAAGUGCUGCUCAGAAGCAGAAAAUCUCCUUUCUGGAAAACAACCUGGAACAACUUACAAAGGUUCACAAGCAGCUGGUACGGGAUAAUGCAGAUCUUCGUUGCGAGCUUCCUAAGCUGGAAAAACGACUCCGAGCUACGGCAGAGAGAGUUAAGGCCUUGGAGAGUGCUCUGAAGGAAGCAAAGGAGAAUGCCAUGCGAGACCGGAAACGAUACCAGCAGGAAGUAGACCGCAUUAAAGAGGCUGUAAGAGCCAAGAACAUGGCGAGGAGAGCACACUCUGCUCAGAUUGCCAAGCCUAUACGCCCUGGCCAUUAUCCAGCAUCUUCUCCAACAGCCAUCCAUGCCAUCCGAGGAGGAGGAGGGUAUUACCAGAACAUGAAAUAAACACCAGGUGAGCUCAUGAUAAAAUUGCAGGCUCCACUUCGCACGUGAAAAAUCAUCAGCAGUUCACUAGUUCCUUUCCCUUUUGGACUGGAUCUGUACUUCUGUUCAUUGUACACAUUCUAUAGCCUUCUGCAGCGCACCGGUUUCAAAUAUUUUUCUGCUUUGUAGAAUCUCCAUGUGUACAGAAGUGUGACCGACCUGGCUUUUCUUCAGAAACCAUGUACAGUGUAUCUAACACACGCACUUAAGCUAACGGUAGGAGUUUGCUGCUCAAUCUCUUUCACUGACUGACUGCAUUUCUGACCCUGUUGUGCCAGUUACUUUGGGGCUUUCAUGCUGGCACUGAUGCUUUUUUUGUUCUGUUUCAAGUACUUUGGUGCAUCACUAAAAUGCUGGUACCUGGCAUCAAAGAAUUAACAAUUCAACAAGCAAGUGCCAUCAAAAGCAGGUGAUUGUGCUCCAUCUUUCUGAUUUCCUGUAAAAUAUGCAUAUUAUUUUAUAUUUUUAGAAGAUGACAGUGUGCAGUUAUAUGGUUUGGUUUUUUUCCUUCUAACCUAACAUGCUUUCAAAAAGUACAGCUCUGCAAUUUAGCAUUUUUAAUAUCCUGGUGAAACCUUUAAACUUGUAUUUAAAAUGGGAGAGAACACAGAAUCAUUAGUACACUUAUUCGGUAGAGAUCAAACUCUGAGGAUGUAGAGUAGACAUAGGCAAACUCCGGCCCUCCAGAUGUUUGGGACUACAAUUCCCGUCAUCCCUGACCACUGGUCCUGUUAGCUAGGGAUGAUGAGAAUUGUAGUCCCAAACAUCUGGAGGGCCGGAGUUUGCCUAUGCCUGAUGUAGAGAUAUGUGUUAGUGUAGCUCUAGAAUCUCUUGAAAUUCAGUGGUCACAUGGGCACAUCAUACCCUCAAAAUGUCGCAUUAGAUCUGCCUUGUAAUAACACAGAUCAGGUUUUCUGACAGCCAUGUGAAAGCAUGGUUCUGGUUAUAAUGAAAUUGAAAGAUGCAUUUACAAAAGCAGCUGAAACCAUUGCCAUCCUCCUCCUAACUCAAUUUCUUCAUGAUUUUGAGAAGGCAGAAAUAAGAGAUAAAUUAUCUGCUGUACUGAAAGGAAGAUUCUCUUCAGGGUGUUGAGGGAGAAUAGGUUUGCAUGCUUAGUGUGCAGUGCAACAAAAAAGAAAAAUGAUGGAAGAUGAUCUUUUUGUUUAAAAUGAAAUAAGAUGAAAUGAGAUAACAGUAUAUGCUGGAAAUGAACAAUAUGCAAGUCUGCCUAGGGAUAGUAUAGUUUUAUAGCUUACUCACCAUUAGUGAGAUAGACUUCUUUUUUCAAUUCUUUCUUAAUGACAUAUGUAGGACGUCAGAUUUUAUUUCUAGUGGAAAUCAAACAUAGCCAUAGGAAAUGUUAGAUAGGCAGACAGGUGUUAAAUCUGUAGCUUAAUAUGUCUGUUGUGUUUCCUUCAUGUAGUAUGUGUGUAUAUACACACACACACAAAAUACAUCUACAACCAUGCACAUUAAAAUGUAUUGUCCUGAAAGACUAUUUCAAAAUGACUGAAUUAGGAGUUUACAUUCAUUCAGUCCUGUCUGCUGCUGUGGCAUUAUUUAUUUAUUUUUUUAAUUAAGGGUAAGUUUGGGGGCUUCUGAAUGUUUUUGGCUUAUAGACAUAUUUUAAAAAGCUAACUCAUUAAAACCCUAAAGCCUUUGGAAAGAUGUUUUGUCCUGAUGUUGCUUUAGAAGCUCUCAAACUUAGCAAAUAUAUUCAGGUUUUGCUUAAUUUAUUAAGGGUUGCACUAUUUGUGUGGGAGAGACUUUUUGUAACAUAUUUAAUGAAAUAUUGAAUCUUUUGCAUUUGUUUAAUUUAUUUCGUUACAUUUUUUUAAAAUAUAAAAAACCCUUUUUAUUUCCAAAUACACACGUAUUAAGCACUGCCAACAAACUGAAAGGUACAAGUUGCCAUAUCCGAACCCUAUUUCUGGGAGUAAUGUGGCCAAGAUGUUUAUAUAUAGUUGAACUCUGUAUUCCAAAUAAAGGUACCAAGAAGUCUACUGCUAUUUCUGUUGUUUAAACUUACUGCCAGUCCAUAUGCCAUAACUCCAACAAGGAUGCUUGAAGCAGUUUCUGAGUGGCAACUACUCCAGAAGGUGGUCAUAAUAUUUACUAAGGUUUUACCUGGGGAAUCAGGUUUAUUUGUGGCCCUCUGGAUGAUAGUCUAGCCAUAGGGUCCCCAUCCCUGCUGUAUGCAAUGGGAAUGAUCCACAUGGGAAAUGGCUCAAAAUAACACGAGUAGCAUCUGCCAUUCAGAUACUUUCUCAAGCAGUGUGUGGGCUAUCAUAUCAUAUAGAUCAGUUCUACAUGUACAUCGUUUACGAAGUUUUUUUUUUUAAUGUGUAGCUUAUGUGUAGCUGAACUGUCCCCCCCUUUGAUUGUUAACAUAUAGUUUUGUGUAAGUAAAAGUUUGUGCUUAUCAUGAAUGUAAUCCAUUGAGCAUUAUACCUGUGCAAUCACCAUUAGAAUUAAUGAGAAUUGUGUGCAGUGUGUACCCAAGCACUUUCAUAACAGAGGGUUUAGCUGUUCUGCACAAGUGUGUGUCUAUCUAGAGCACCAUGGAAAAGUAACUUUUGAUGCCUUUAUAGGGACAGUGUUCCUGAUAUAUUUUAGGAACAGCUAGUUGCUGAUCAGCCAGUCAGUUCAUCUAGCAUAAACCCCUUAAUGGAGGCAUCAGAACUAACUAUUCCAUUCUGAUUCAGAGAUGGCAGAUUACCCUCUGAAAUGCUAAAAAGGCACAUCUUAGAGUUGACUUCUUAAAGUGUCCACAAAUUUUCAUCUUGUUUCUGUGGCACUGCAAUUUUAUUUUGCUGCUAGAGUUACUUUUUUGCUGAAGAGUUAAUAGAUCUAGUUUUGGUACCUAUUAGUAGGUCAUAUAGAAUAAUUUUUACCAUAUUUUUGGGCAGCAACACCGACAUUUCAUAACUGAUGGUCAUUUGUGUUUGCUUUUUUGUUUUCAGAUUCAAAAUCGUUUCUUUCAGCUUAUUUAAAUAAGUAUUGCAUCUAAUACCUGGCACGUUAUAAACCAUACAAUAUGGAAUUUCUUUGUUACUGAUUUCAAUUGUACCUUUUUCUACUGUCAAAUUUCUCAUUUUCCUGAGCAGUUAUUUUCAGAUGCACUUUGUAUUUUAUUUAGUCCUAACCUUUUUAACCUCGCUGAGACAAAUAAGAAAGCUCGUGAUGAUAUUUGCUAAGUGUGUAUUUUGCCAAGCAAAGGUGAGAGUGGAUUAUUCUGAAUAUAGUAGAAAUCAGAAGCAUUUAAGCUAUACUACUAUCUUAAAUGCAGCUGAGUUUUUGGAAACAUUUCUGUAUACAUACCUCAGUGAGUGGAAAAACUACUUUAAAAUGUAAAACAACAACUUGAUCUCUAGAAACACACACUUUUUUUAAAAAAAAGAAACACACACGUGAAAACUCAACCAUAGAAUGUUGUAUAUGAAAUGGACCAUACUACUACUAAAAUUUAUUUAUACCCUGGCCAUCUGGCUGGGUUUCCCCAGGCCUUGGUCUUGGGAAUGUAUCACCCAUAACUGUUCCCAUUUCUGAAGGUUCUAUCUGUGUGUGUUGCCCAUGCAAACCAUGUUGAAUAAGAGAUUAUACAGCAACUGUGUGCAAUCUGUUGCCGAUAGAUUGAACACUAUGUCAUUGUACACUUUGGAGGCAAGCAGAAUACAAAAAUGUUUUUUUAUUCAGUAAGCCAUUCUCAUCAGAAUUGUGCAACUACACUUACAAGGAUAAUUAAUUUGCUCCGUUGUGUUGGCAAUUAGAGCUUUAUUUAAUGCCUUUAUGAAGUUCAAAACACAUUGGACAAAUGUCUGUUUUAAACACCCAUACAAAAGGAUUGUCAGCUUCCAAGUUCACGUCUUACUCCUAAAUACUUCUGUCUCUCUCAUUUCUGAAACACUUUAAAUAGUGGAAGAUGUGAAAGAACAAUAGGGAUCCAGGCAUUCUGUAGAAGUAUACAUGUCUAGUUUGUAAAGUGUGUAAUGUGUACUCCAGAUGUGUAUUCUCUGGGAUCUAUGUAUCUGUACAGUAGCUUGUUUUAGGGGGAAAAAGUGAAAUGUGGAUACUUUUCUGAUUACAAUCGGGGGGGGGGGGGGAAUUGCCACUAUUAUAAAAUAUGCUGUAAUGACUCAAGCUCUGUAACAGCAGACCUGAAUCUCCUCAACCAUUCCCAUAGAUAAGUCUUUUGAUCUUGGUUCUAAAAAUACUAUCUAUUAAAAUGUAUGGAUACACUGGCAGACUGCAUGAUGUAUCAUCCAAAAACUGUUUAAAAGUGGAAAUAAAAUCGAAGUAAACUUUA